AGUAGUAGUAGUAGUAAUUAUUAUUAUUAUUAUUAUUAUUAAUAUAGUAAAAGAAAAAAUAAAGAAGAAAAAAGUAGAAAUUUAUGUAAAUAUUACAUACAUAUAAUUCAUUACUAGAACAAUAAAGAAAUAUAGAAAUCAUGUACAAAGUUAAGAGUUGCGGUUUCUGUUGGGAUUUUUUUUAUGUGGCCUGGAAAUGAAGAAGGAAAUGAAAGUAAAGAACUAUGAAACGAAAAAGAAAAAGAAAAGAAGAACGGCUGUACUUGUGCUUCUGUUUGUAUAAGUGUGUCUGCGUGUGUCUUUGUGUAUGUGUCUUGUAUGUGUUUGUAUAUAUAUAUAUAUAUAUAUAUAUAUGUAUGUGAGUUGAAUUACGUGUGUGUAUUGUAUAUGUAGAGUAAUCAGAUAAACUGAGAAUCAGCAAAGCGUAAGACAUAAUUUUCUUUGAUUAUUAUUAUGUUCGAAUUCGAGAUUAAUUUGCUUUUGACUAAUACCGGCCCAUUCCUUGAGGACCCAUGUCUUGGCGCGCUUGCUGUUGCUGUUGCUGUUGGUGCUGGUGCUGGUGCUGUAGCUCUUGUUGGUGGGGAUGGCUGUGUUGGUGCUGGUUGCUAUGGUGAUGUGAUUGUUGAGGUGUAUUAGAGUUCAUGUGAAUACCAGGAAGACCAGAUACACCCAUGUUUGAGGG